AUCAUUCAUGCAUGGCUCAAUAGCCCGUACACAAAGGUGCCCGCAAAUUCGCCAGACACUAACCUUACCUUUCAGCUAGAAACACCAUACAAAGAGAUCAAACCUGCAAAGGCUGCACUCACCUCAUUUGCAGCACAAAUUUUGACGGAUGAGCUUGUCCGAGAGGCAGAAAGUGCCAUGAAGCCUACAAGCGGCUUACACUCCAUGUUGCCAUCCAAAUCGAAUCCAAAGGAGAAGGAGUGGGCCGACAUUGGCGCUACAACCAUGGAGAAAGUUAGUGCAAUCAUACAGAAACACCAACCGCUCACCUGGCAUUAUCUCACCACUAUUGCUUCAUGA